AAUAAGAGUUAUGGAAAACAGAACAGUACAUGUUACUGGUUUUCCCUCUUCGGUUAAUAAAGUGAAAUUAAAAUUGUUUGUUGAAAACAACAUAGGACCUAAUAUAAUAGAAGAUGUAGAGAAAAGAGCAGAUGUUGCGGUGUUCAUUUUUAAACAUCCUCGUGGUUUGCAAAAAUUUCUUAAUGCUGGUCUAAAUGAAUAUACCUUUGGAAAUGAAAACUACAAGCUUACAGUAAUACAGCAACUUACAGAACAACAUCAAGGAUAUGACACAGGACCCAGACAUCAACAAAGGAAUCAAAGAUACGGUCCAAGAAAUGAGGGUUUUAGAAAUGAAAGACCUAACCAACCAUAUCGACAGAAUCCAGGCUUUGAAGGAGGUAAUGCAAGAUAUGGAGCAAGAGACGAUGGUUAUGUAUACGCAAGAACUAAUCAACCGUAUCUACAGAAUCCAGGAUUCCAAAUAGGUGAUCCAAGAUAUGGAGCAAGGGACAAUAAUUAUGGAAACGAAAGAACUAAUCAACCAUAUCGACAGAAUCCAGGAUUUGGAGGCAGGGACAAUAAUUAUGGAAACGAGAGAACCGAUCAACCAUAUCGACAGAAUCCCGGAUUUGGAGGCAGGGACAAUAAUUAUGGAAACGAUAGAACCGAUCAACCAUAUCGACAGAAUCCAGGAUUUGGAGGCAGGGACAAUAAAUAUGGAAACGAAAGAACCGAUCAACCGCAUAGACAGAAUCCAAGAUUUGACAGAGGCGAUGCAGAUCAAUGGAGGAGAAUUUUAUAUGUCACUCAGAUACCACAGCAUUUGUGCAAUCAUCUAGCUUUCAGUUUACAUUUCCAAAGGUUUGGACCUCUCGAACAUUGCUUGUUCAAACCAAACAGGAAGAAUCCUGGAUUUCAUGGAUAUGUUACAUUUAGAAAUCAUAAUGAUGCUUGCCGAGCAAGGCAUGAAGGAGUAAAUGCUGGACCAAUGAGUAAUCUGAGUAUACAAUGGGCUGAUAGUGAAGGUCCCAAACCUACCCCAAACUUUAAUGAACCUGGUCCUGGGCCUCGACGCUCAUCAGCCACUUCUGAUGAUAGCGGUUACUCAACACCAGGCAAUCGUGGUCGAAGAAAAAGAAGGCCGAAUGCUAACUCUGCUGGAAUAUCAAGAAUGGGCAAAGCACCAUCUAUGCCAGACUUACGCCCUCCAACACCAAGUAGACCUUUGAAUGAAGGCCCUCAACACGCUGUACUUGAUCCGAUUCAAGAAGAACUUUUCACUGAAACUCAUUACUGGAAUACAUUAAAGAAGAUGCCUGAAACUGAAGGAUCUAUAUGUGUUCUUGCUCAAAACAUUGAUCCAUCCAAGCACAUUGAUACAGUGAAAAUGCAUUUUGAAAAUAAGAAACGUUCGAACGGCGGGCCUGUGAAAAGUGUUAUCAGAAUGAUUGAUGGAUUGCUCAUUGUAUUUGAGAGUAAAGAAGAUUGUGAGUCAUGUUCAGGAAAACAAGAUCAAAAGUUUGAUGGAAAAGACAUUUCUGUAUUUCCUAAAUCAAUUCCUUCAUAUUUUGAGCAAACCUUUAUGAUCGAGGGAGUUGGAGAAGCAACAACACAAGAUACUUUGACAAUGUACCUUGAAACUAGCUCUACUAAUGAAGCGUCGCCUGUAUCUUUGAAAAAACAAGAUAUACAGGGCGUUUAUCUCGUAGAAUAUGGAGAUGAUUUUGAUAUCAGUGAAAGAGAUUCAUUUUUGGAAAAAAUUAGGAAGAAACCUUUGGAAGACCGGACUUUGAAAGCUUCAAGGCUUUUAAGAACUGAUUGCCUAAAAGCAUCAGGAAUCCCAGAUUCAGUAACAAAUGAUACAAUCAGACUUACGUUUGAAAGUAAGAAAAGAACUGAUGGUGGGCCUGUGACAAGAAUUGAUAGAAUUGAAAAUCAAAUUACUUUGGUCUACUUUGCAUCCUAUAUUGAUACUGCUCGAGUAUGCAAAAGAUUCAAAAAACCUAGUUCUGAAUCAAUUAUUAUUGGGCAACAUCCUGUUGAAGUUGAAUUGUAUUUUCAUUCACUCUCAAAUCUACAUAAAAGUGUUGAAAAAAGUGAAAAUGGGAAAAGUUCACGAAAAGGUGGCAAAAAAGAUCCACCCAAGCCUACUCCAAGAUCUCAAAAAAAUGAAACACUGAGCACUUACAUUUACAAACCUGAAUGUCAUGAUAAAAUUUUCUUCUUCAUUCGACUAACUAAAGCGCAAGUUAACAAAAUAAAAGACGUUUUCAAAGAUUUGGCCAAUGUUGAAUUGUGUCAUACUGCAAAAGAAGGGAAAUUUGUCAAGUUUGUUCCAGAAAAGGAUCCAGGCAUGGACACCCAAGAUGGAUUCGAUACUGAAUGCAAAACAAGAUUUGAUGAUUUCAUUACCAAGUUUUUAACUUUGACUCAAACAUUUGACAAAGAUAAAUUAAGCAAAGCAAUAUCACUCAACGUUUGUCCUUAUUUGAAUAAACCAGAAACUAAGAAUGAUAUCAACAUCAGGUGGCAACCCAAUCAACCAAUAGUAACUGUAACAGGAUUGAAAGAAUCUGUUGAUAAAAUAAUGAAAGAAAUUGAAACUUCUAUCAAUUCAACUGUUGCUGAAAUGUCAGUUAAUGAAGAACAAUACAGAAUUCUUACAAACUGCGGAAUACUGUCCGAACUUCAAGCUAAGCAUAAGAAAGUACAAUUAAAACUAGAUGAUGCAAAGCACAGUGUGACAUUACAGGGACCUGAAGUGGAUGUUUCAAGGAUUCAAAUUGAUGCUUUGACUAUAUUGAAUACUGUUGAAAAAAGAAAAUUAUCAGAUGUAGAUGAGAGCAUAGUUAGAUAUUUAUUGGAAUCAGCAUCUCAGUCUAACAUCGUUAUAUCAAAAAUACAAGACAAACUGAAGAUCGAUAACAUCAAAGCUUCUCUCGGAAUUGAUGAUGACGAGCUUUGUUUGAGAAGUCGGUCAGAUGACGAGUUCAAAAAAACCAUUCGUAUUAUCAAAGAAAUGGUUGCCACGGAAACAAUAAAAACAGACCAAUCUGGAUCAAGUCUGGUGAAAUCUCCUGCAUGGAGAGGAUUUCAACAAAAUCUUAAAAAAUCUGGAAUAUACGGACUUUAUAUAAAACCCAAUCAAAGUCUCAUAUUAGUAUCAGAACUUUCAGAAUUAAGAAUUUUGAAGAACAAAGUCAACUCAUUUCUGGAUGAAAAUUCAAUCAAGUGCAUUUAUAUUACAAUGAAAUAUGGACAAGCAAAAUUUAUCGUGGAAAGAUCUGAAGAAUAUUCUAUGGAGAAAUGCAAACAGAAAUCAAUAAAAUGUAGUUUGACUCCUGAAAAUGGAGGUGGAUUAUGUAUUGAAGGAAAAAGGAAACCACUUGAAGAUGCACAUUCGGCACUAACACUUCUCCAAAACCAAGUGAUUGAACAGACAACCAAUCUAAACAUUGCUGGAAUUAAGGAAUAUUAUCAAACUAAAGGCAAAAAGUUUUUAUCAACAACUGAAAAAAUGAAUGAUUGUAUCAUUUUAAUGUCGCCCCUCUGUGAGGACUGGGUUAAAUUCAACCCAGAGGCGAGGCAGCAAGCUCCUGUUCCAAGGUCGAGAAGUAGAAGGCCUGCUUCUUCGAAUACAAGGGCACAACAAUUGGCUUCUGUGACCUUGGCAAAUUCAUCAGUGACCUUGACUGUUUGGAAAGUUGACAUCACAAAGCAUACCUGUGAUGUCAUAGUAAACACAUCAAAUCCAGAAUUAAAGUUGUUGGCAGGUGGAGUGUCUGGUGUCAUCAAAAACUUAGAUGUCAAAAAUGGAAAUCAAAUUCAAACAGAAAUGAACAGAAUUAUAGGUAGUAACCGUGGAAACCUUCUGCCUGGUGAUGCAGUUUUAACUGGGGCUGGAAAUUUACCUUCUUGCAAAAAGAUUGUCCAUGCGGUUGGUCCAAGAUGGGAUUCUCAGUCAGAUAGAAGUGAUCCGUCUCUCUUGUUGAAAGCCUGUGUUUCAAAAUCCCUUGAAGAAGUUGAAAACCAUCAACUAAAGUCAAUAGCCAUGCCAGCAAUUAGUUGUGGAGUUUUUGGUGGAAAUGCAAGAACCUGCAUUCCGUUAAUUUUAGAAGCAAUAGCAGAGUAUUUUAAAGAUACCGCUAGUUCUGUGAUAACAAAGAUCGACCUUGUUGAAAACAGCAAACAAGAUAUUCUUGAUGAGUUAGUGAGGAAUAUAAAGAAACAUGGGACGAAUUCUUCCCCUUCAAAUUCUACGGCCCAGUCUAACCAAAAUACUCAACCUCAGGUUGCAAGUUUAAAUAUUUCAUGCAAUGUCUCAUUGGUGCAAGGAGAUAUCACAACACGUAAUGACGAUGUAAUUGUUAGUAUAAGUCCUCCAAAACACAUUGCUGACAUGAGCGGAUCUGCUGUAUCAAAGGCUCUGUUGAAAAAAGCUGGACAGAGAAUACUCCAAGAGUGCGCUCAAAUAAAUUCUCCAUCCAUGGGACAAGUGUUUGAAACCAGCGGAGGUGGACUAGGAUGUCAGAAAUUGUAUCACGGAAUUGUUGGUCAUUAUUCUGCAAAUACAUCGGAAGCAAUUGUAAAAUCGGUAGUGAAAAACUCAUUGAACAUGGCAGACAGGGCUGGAUACAGGUCGAUUGUUUUCCCUGCAAUUGCAACAGGAGGAUUUAAACAUCCACCACAAUUAGUAGCUAAAUGGAUGAAAUCACAAAUAUCUAAAUUUAAUGCAACGAAUAUUCAGAAUAUAACUAUUCUACUUUAUCCUGGGAACCAAGCUGUAAUAAAUGCUUUCACAACUGGAUUCAACCAGCAAUCGGCUUUUACUGCUUUUCCAUCAUAUUCCAAUCCACCCACUUCUUCAAGCACUUCGUUCCAUCAGAAAAUAAAUUCUACUUCAGCCAAAUUUGGCUCUGUUGUUGUGUCAGUUUAUCAAGGAGAUAUAACAAUACAGAAUUGUGAUGUUAUCGUCAACAGCGUACAUUCAGGCUUUGACCUUACUAAAGGAAUGAUUUCAUCCAAAAUUUUACAAAUGGGCGGCCAACAAAUCCAAACUGAAGCUUCUACUGGGAAAGGUUCUUAUGUUAUUACCUCUAGUGGUAACUUACCUUGCGGAAAUAUCAUACACUUGGUGGUACCAACAGAUGCUAAAGAUCUUGAAAAGAAACUUGUUGAGGUUUUUGAUGCUGUGGAGAAAAGCCAAUAUUCUUCUGUUUGCGUACCUGCUUUAGGAACAGGAAAUCUCAACAUGGACAGCAUCACAGUUAGUUCAGUGAUGCGAGCUUCGAUUGAAAAGUUUGUUCGAUCAAAUCCGAGAUAUCUUCAACAAAUAAACAUUGUGAUUUAUGAUCGAAUUAUGCUGCAAGACUUUAUCGACGCAAUUGUAAAUGACAGCACAAAGAAAAAGGGCUUUUUCACAGGAAUAUAUGAGACUAUUUCUGGUUAUUUUACAUCUUCAUCAUCAGCUCCAUCAGAAGCCAAAGGAUGGAUACCUCCUCAACGACAACAACAUAAAGAUGAAUCCUUGAAUUUGUACUUUUAUUCAACCAGUGAAACAAAGAUACAGCAGGCUAUUAAAAGUGUCACUGAGGAAACUAACAAGGUUGUACAGAAACAAACGAUUGAUGAUGAUGCAAUUGGUAGACUAUCGUCAUGGGAACGAUUCGAAAUUUACGAGGUUGCCAAGAGAAACAAGGUCACUAUUUCAGAUGAGUCAAACAGAUACAUAAAAAGAUUGUCAAUCGAAGGCAUGACGGCGAAGGUUUUCAAAUCUUGUGAUGAAAUUAAAACUGUUCUAAAAGACUUUGUAUCUGCUGAAACCUCAUCACAGUAUGUUACAUGGCAGAGACAAACUUCUUCAAAUAGAUGGGAUAACUUUCAACCUCGGUCUGCUCACGUCUUAGAAGUUGCUUACAAGGCUCACAAUGGCAACAAAACUGAUCCAACAUUGAACAGGAUAAACGUUCCUUACUACAAAAACAAUGCACUGCACAGGACUAUCGUUGACCUUUCUACGUUAGAGAAUGACUUGCAUGGCAGAAAUCCACCAAAAGUUCGAAGAAAAAUAAAUGAAAAAAGUGCUGACGAUGUUUUACCUGACUAUUGGUCUGACAUGAAAGGACAACAACUGAUAAAAGUUAAGUUGAGUUCAACAUCUGCAGAAUAUCAAACAGUUCUCACAAAAUUCAUAGCAUCGGGCCAAUUUCAUCAGACUAUUAUUCAUAUUGAAAGAAUACAGCAUAUAUCCUUGUAUAAGCAAUAUGCUGCCAAAAAGGCAGAAGUAACAGGGAAUCUCCAAGGAUCAGGAGUUCAAGUUGAGAGAGAAUUAUUCCACGGAACGACUGACGAGGAUAAAAUAAUUCAAAAUGGAUUUGACAGAAGCUAUGCUGGAAAAAAUGCUACUGCUUAUGGAAAGGGUGUUUAUUUUGCUCUGAAUGCAACCUAUUCUCAACGUUAUGCUCAUCCAAAUAGUAGAGGAGAAAAAAGAAUGUUCCUAGCCAAUGUCGUUACAGGAUAUUACUGUAAGGGAGAUUCAAGUAUGGUCGCACCACCUCCGAGAACAAACAGUAACAUUGAUCUGCAUGACAGUGUAGUAGAUAGCAUCUCUGCUCCUACUAUAUGGGUGAUAUUUAAAGAUGCAAGUGCUUAUCCUACAUAUCUAAUCACAUUUCAAUAGUUUUUUUUAAAUAGUUAAAUAGCUUAGACAUGUAUCUAAUCAUUUUUCAUGCGUUAAAUACUAGGAUAUCUGACUUACCUGUGAAGACGUCUGAAAUAUAUUCGUUGUCGCACAGUUGUAUGCUUCAUAUGUUUGCUCUGCCAUUUGCCUAAAGUUUUAUUUUAUAUCUAACCUAACCCAGAAGUGUGGGCUUAUCUAUGUAGCUAGAGCAGAAUUUGUCACUUAUGAGUCGUGGAUUUGCUAUUUUUAUUCUUUCCAUUAUAUUCCAAUAAUUAUGUAGAUAUGUAUAAUGCUAGACUUUGUGUCUAAUAAUGGACAAUCUCAUCAGACUGUUUUAUAUUAAUAAUGGCUAAUUAGUGUAUCAACAUCUGGUAAUUCACAGUACUUAGUGAUAAUUUUCGGUUUCAAAAUUUUAAAAAAUAUCACGAAUUUUGCAAGCUGUGUGUAUAUAUAUAUAUUUUUUUAUUAAUUGCUCAUUUCAGCCUGAUUUGUGCAUAAAAAAGCUGUUUUAAUUUAUGCGAUGGGACCAAGGCUAUUAUGCAUUUAAUGGUUCAGGAGGAGCCUGGAAUCAGCACUUUCAUUUCCCCAUUUGCAUGGAAGUGAUUUUAGAGAAAACUAAAAAUGGUAAUUACAUGAAAUACUCCGUGAUGGUUCAUCAAUAUUCUGUGUAUAUUUAAACAGUUGAAACUUGUUUCUAAAAAUUUUCCUUUCCCCAUACCUAGCAUGGCCUGAUAACUGGACAAGAGGCCGUGGUUCGCCAUGUGACUAAGUCGUCUUGUUUCCUUUCCUCUUCCAAAAGAGAAAAAUAUAAGCUUCUUAUCCUAAUCAGAAUGAACGAAUUGAGAAGACCCUGUUUUUUUCUAUAAAACAUGAAAGGUCUUUACGAGUCAAUGUAUGUCCGCGAAAGUUUUUUUUUUAGUAAUGAGUAUAUACAAGCAUUCCAUAUGAAAUUAACAUAUACCAGUUUGUAUAUCACAUUCGACUUGUCUAUUGAAAUUUUGCAAAGAUUACUGAAUAAUAUUAUUCACAUAUUCUUCCAUCCAGAAGUUCAGUUUUAUCAGAUUAUUUUUUAUAGGUUGCUGUUGUAAAACAUUUUUGUGUAAAUUUUCGAUUGGCAGGUUGCAAUCUCAUUUUGUCUGUGAAUGAAUACUUACGUGCUGUGUGGACCAAAGACAAAUAAUUUGCUCUUUCUAAUAGAUGAUAGAAAAAUAUUUUCGAAAAAUGGAUAAAAAAUAAGUAAUAUAAAUUGGGUCAUGUUUAUCGAAACACAGAUUUAUUUUGAAAUGCAAGAAAGUCGAGAUAAACAAUGAUUUGGUAGGUUUUCUAUUUUCAUGUUUUUAAAAUCCAAAUUAGGGCUUUUUU